GGCAAAUCUACACGUAUUUUCUCGGUUCCGACUUCCGAGUUCAGAUCCAAGACGAACUUCGGACUCCAGGAAAACGCAUAAAUAGGGAGGAGGAGUUCUUUCUAGGAUCAGAAUCCAAUCCAACACCAGAAUUCAGAAAAGUCCCCUCAUCGUUCGAAAAGUGAAAACCAUGGAACCCCAGAGCGAAUUCCAGGUAUUCGUUCAAUCUCCAGAGUUCCAAAUCCCAUGCCAUGCCCUAACCGUAAACCCUAAUCAGACCUUCCACCAUCUCAAGCUUUCCUUCAUCUCUCCAACCGCGCCCCGGGAAACUCUAGAUUCCCUAUUCUUUUCCUUCUCGGGCAAGCCCCUCCUUGACUCCUCCACCCUCCUCGAUUCCAAAAUCCUCCCUUUCUCCACCCUAACUCUCCGAACCAGGCUUCGCGGCGGCGGAGGAGAUGGCGGCGCAACCGGUGCAGAAUCUCGCGACUGCUAUCUCAAGAUGUACGCCUCGAAGAAGCCCGAUAAGGUCGACCCCAACGAGACCAGGUUAUCGCGGUGGACGACUUGCGCUCUUUCGUUUGAGCCUCUCAAGCAUCCUUGCGUCGUCGAUCGACUUGGGAAUGUUUUCAAUAAGCAGCCGCUUGUCGAGACUUUGCUAGAGAGGAAAUUGCCGAAGGAGUUUGGGCAUAUUAAAGGGCUAAAGGAUAUGAUCCCAAUUGAACUUUCUCCGAUUCCGGGAGUGAAGUAUGACGAUGGUAUCAGCUUCAUGACGAGGUUUCAGUGCCCAAUUACGGGCCUCGAGUUUAAUGGAAAGUAUAAGUUCUUUGCACUGCGCAGCUGCGGGCAUGUAUUGAGCGCCAAGGCUUUGAAAGAAGUCAAGUCGUCGACUUGUCUUGUUUGCCAUCGGGAGUUCUCCGAGUCGGAUAAGAUUGUGAUCAAUGGGACUGCAGAGGAAGUGACAGCAUUGAGAGAAAGGAUGGAAGAGGAGAAGGCGAAGUUGAGAGAGAAGAAAGAGAAGAAGGCGAAGAAUGGUGAAUUGGGUGUUAAUGGGUCGGAAGGAGGUUGCCUGGAUUCUUCGCGGUUGAGCGGUACAAAGCAUGCUAUUGAUGACAGGAAUGUGGAGAAGGCUUCAGUAAAACUUGAAGGAAAUGGGAAAAUUGUGAAUGCAGGUGUUACUGCAAAGGGAGCGACUAAUGGUUCAGUUAAAAAGUUCAAAGCAACUGAUAUUGCGCCACCUAAUGCUACCAAGGAAGUGUAUGCAUCUAUUUUCACUUCGUCGAGGAAAUCAGAUUUCAAAGAGACUUAUACUUGCAGAUCUCUCCCGCUAGGAAGAAACUGAUCGUAGGUUCCAAAGGGUGGUGAUGCGAUGCCUUCUUUGUGUGGAAAUUUUGGGAGAGGAGGAUUUGAAACCUGUCUCAGACUGUCAAUAACAUCCUUGGUGGGAAAUGAUGAAAUGAAUGAUCUGACUUUUCGCUCUCCACCAGCAGUUCAUGUGGCCUUUUUGGUGCUGCAAACUACGCUCCAUGUGUGGCCUUGUCCCCCCAGUUUUGGAUGAAGCAAUUGCUUUCAGAGAAGGGGCACUAUUCUUGCAUCUCUACUGUCUGAGGGUGUACUGCUUUUCUAAGUGACUAUCAAUCCCUUAUUUUGGCCUUGAGUAAAGGGAUACAGAAUUUUGAUAGAGAAGAUAAGAACAUAAGUUUAUUCUCAAAGAUAUUAUGCACAUAUUAAAGCACCACAAAUGUUCGUUCAAUUUUGUGCGAAGGAUCACAAAUGGAGCAGCUCAAACUAUGGCCAUGCAUUGGAAGGAAUCUGGUUUUCUUAUCUGCCUGAGCAGUUUCGUCCUUUACUUGAAGACUGUUGGCUAGCUUGUUGGUUUUGAUUGUUUUUGUCUGUAGAUUUCUUAGGUGAUGUGUUGUUUCUGUUGGUGUGUAUGUGUGACUGUGUGUGUUUUGGAUUUGGUUUAUAUGCUGCUUCUGUGGUUUUAAUGAAAUUCCUCUUUUUGACCAAAAAAGGGAUCAAGAGAGAAGCAAAAGGGAUAGGUGGAAUAUUGUUGCUAUGGAAUAUUCCACCUAUGUUGAUUCCAUAGAAAGUAGAUCUCCUUAAUUAAAGGGUGGUGUUUCCGUGUUUCUUUGAGUGGUUGCAAGGGAGUGCUGUAAGGUGUGCUCUGUAAGUAGAAGUUAGAACCAUAUGUAAGACCAAAAUAGCCUUUUCAUUUGUAGGAAGAGAAAAAGGAAAGUUUAAAG